UUAAUUUCUUUACAAGAUAAAAGAGAAAAUCGAAAUUAAAGUUCCCAUAAGUUUUCCUUUUUUAAUGUAAAAUAAGAAAUUAUUUUAACAAAACUAUAGCAAGUGGAGGAAAUUACGCUUAUAUAUCUCCAGUUCCCUUAACCUUAAUGAUAAAAAUUUUGCGAUAAAGUUCGUCUCUCUGGGUAAUGGAACAACAUUUUAAAUCAUUUCGUGUCCGUUUGUGUAAUGGGCGUAACAAAGUUGGACAUUUAUUUGGCCGUUUAUCCAAGGUUAAACAAGACAACACGCAACCGUAUGAUUUAAAAUGUAAUAAAAGUGAGCAAGCAAAUCUGUUUAGACUGUUAUCCACGCACAUACAAAUAAAUUUAUAACAAAAUGUGACGACCAACGAGGACAUUGUUGCUUGCAUACCAAUAUGUUAGUUACGUGAUUGGUGACUAGGAUUGUCCUAAUCGAACGAAGGACGAAAUGAGCUUUUUGCAUCGCAACGAAGGUCGUUUCUAAACAUGGCGCUACAUAGAUUUUAUUUAUAUUCGUAACCGCAGACCCGCUUCUCUCUCAAUAUGUUCUUACGUAAAUUUUCUUCAUAUUUAAUACUCUUUCUUAUAAUCACAAGUGCGGCUGCAGCACGUAAAACUAAGCGUCCUGUUAAGCCAGCGAAAACAUAUCCGCGUACGAAUGCAACACCUUCACCGCAACAAGCAACUUCAUCAUUGUCAUCAUUACCAGCAGCCUCAUUAUCGUCUUCCUCACUAACUGGCGCCUCAAUAACUAGCAGUUCUGCUACUACAUCUACAACCACAACAAAUGCAGCUCCAUCAUUAGCUCAACAGAGUAUUAGUGCUGAAGAUGACGAUUUGUCCGGAAAUGUGAUUAACAAUGACAGUGAAUUGCCAAAACCGAUAGAAAGUAACGGAAACGUAGCCGAUAUGAUGGCUGAAACAAAAACUGAUAAACCAUCAUCAGCAUUAUCGUCUGAAACGAAUGCUGCUAGCAGCGCUAUGAUCGAAGAAGAAUGCGAUCCGGAUAUGAUUGGUUUUGAAAUCAUAACUGGUUAUGUAUUAUCGGCACCAUCGCAUAUGCUGGAUACUCUGCCUGGCACAUUGAUGUUGACUGAUUGCUUGGAAGCCUGUCAGAUUAACGAAUCAUGCAGUGCCGUUAAUUAUGAAACUGGACUCUGCGUAUUAUUUAAAACAACAGCUGACAAAACGCCAGGUUCACUUUCCCGAUCGCAAUUCCCAGUUUUUACAAUUUACGCACAAAAAUCUUGUUUGGGUGUGCGUCCUUGCUCGAAGGCCUGGUGCAUUGAUCGCGUUCAAGGUUAUCGUCUUGUUGAUCAUGUCAAAUCUAGCCAGAACGUCUACUCGCGACGUGAUUGUCUAGAAUUGUGUUUAGGUGAAACUGAAUUUACAUGCAGAUCAGCUAAUUAUUAUCGUCACUCCGGUUUGUGUGAACUCUCCAAUAUGGAUCGUAUAACGUUAUCGGGUUCAAAUAAUGUCGAAUUGUACGAUGGCGCUGAUUAUUUGGAAAAUAAUUGCGCUGAGGAGCCAAGUAAAUUAUGCGAAUUUAAAAGAAUUUCUGGUAAAAUUCUAAAAACAGUUGAUUCGGUUUAUCAAGAGAUUAACACAAUUGAAGAAUGCCGCGAUUUGUGCUUAAAUUCACCCUACAGAUGUCAUUCUUAUGAUUAUAACGAUACCGGAGACAUGGUAUGCCGUUUAUCGCAUCAUUCACGUUCGACUCUAACCGACGUAAUGGAUCCUUAUUUGGAUGUACCCGAGGCAGCCACCUACGAAUUGUCCUCGUGUUAUAAUGUUUCAAUUGAAUGCAAAUCGGGUGAAAUGAUUACCAAAAUACGCACCUCGAAAUUGUUUGAUGGUAAAGUGUACGCUAAAGGUGCACCGAAAUCUUGUUCGGUAAAUGUUAAUAGUUCUUUGGAAUUUGAUUUUCGUAUGGGGUAUAAUGAUUUGGAAUGCAAUGUACGGCAAAGCGCUUACGGUCGUUACAUGAAUGAUAUUGUUAUUCAACAUCAUGAUAUGAUCGUUACGUCAUCGGAUUUGGGUUUAGCAGUGUCGUGUCAGUACGAUUUAACAAAUAAAACUGUAUCGAACGAUGUAGACUUAGGCGUGACCGGGGAAAUUGAAUCGUCUCUAAGUGAAGAAAUUAUAAUCGAUUCGCCGAAUGUUGUAAUGAAAAUUACGUCACGCGACGGCAGCGAUAUGAAACGCAUAGCCGAAGUGGGUGAUCCAUUGGCUUUACGCUUUGAAAUUGUUGAUCCUAAUAGUCCCUAUGAGAUAUUCGUACGUGAAUUGGUCGCCCUAGAUGGUACAGAUAAUGCCGAAAUUACACUAAUUGAUGCUCACGGUUGUCCCACCGACCAAUAUAUUAUGGGUGCAGUGCAAAAGUAUACAGAAGAUCGUAAAGUUUUGGUAUCGCAAUUUGAUGCCUUCAAAUUUCCGUCAUCGGAAGUUGUACAGUUCAGAGCUUUGGUAACACCCUGUAUACCACGUUGUGAACCGGUUAUGUGCGACAAUGAAGACAGUGUCAGUGGUGAAGUAAAAUCGUUGAUUUCGUAUGGUCGCCGACGACGUUCUAUAAUGGCCAAUAACACGGAGCGAGCUGGAUUUAUGGUUUCCUCAUUUUCACACCAACACCAUCGCCAACAGCGUGACGUAAGUCCAAAGUCAGCCGAUGAUAAUAUUUUAUUAGUUCAAUCGAUACAAAUCACCGAUAAAUUCGGUUUCAAUCAAGAUGCGGCCAAUUCUUUGAAUUCUACCGAAAAUCGUGAAAAGAUUUACACCAGCCUCAGUGAUGAGACAUUCACUUGCCUCAACGGUUACGGUCUUGUAAUUGCCGGUGCCGUUUUCUUAUUGGCUCAAUUAACAGUCAUAGUCAUAUGGAAUACCGUACAAAAGCGCACCAAAAAGGAACGUUAUCUUUAUCGUCAUGAUUCGCCGCCAUCAACGAUCAAUUAUGGGAGCCCGAACACUAUGAUCUAUGGCCAAAGCAACAGCGGCAGCAGCAGCAGCAGCACAAGUCAUCAUCAUAACAAUCAAGGCAAUGCUAACGAUACGUUGAACAAAUUGUAUGACAGCGGUAUGUCGGGACGUUAUGGCCAACAAUACUAAAAAGUUAACGAACAUAAUUUAUGGCAAUUUCUUAACUAAAUUAAAAUAUUUAGCUAAAAGUACUUAAAAAGAAAUUCUUGAGAGACUUU